GCUGACGUCUUUUAUAUCUAAAUAACUAGUAAAAGUUAUUUUAUUCAAAAAAGAAAUCAAAGAUGUCUGAAUUUCAAACACCAAUUAAACCAAAAAAGCCAUUAGAUGCUGGUGAAACAAUAACGAUUCCACCUUCCCCGUUUUUGAAUAGACUUGGAUAUGGCACAGGUAUAUCAGUUAUGCAGUUAGUGAGAUCGCCUCGAGCGGGACAAAUUCGAUCACCUUGGGCAUUGAAAAUGUUAAACAAGCGCGUAAAACCAAAUCGUGUAUACACGGAUCGUUUAAAAGUUGAGGCGGAGCUGUUGCAGCGCAUGUCUCAUCCAAACAUCGUAGGGUUCAGAGCUUUCAGCAAGUCAAAGAUACUGUAUCUGGGUAUGGAGGCUUGUGACUUGUCUCUUGGUGACAUGAUUGAAAAGAAGAUUGAGGAUGAUUGUGAGCCAUUUUCUUCAAAGCAGAUAUUAAAGGUUGCAGUAGAUAUAGGUAAAGCAUUGGACUACCUACACACAAAGAUGCAGAUUCUUCACGGAGACAUGAAGUCUUAUAACAUUCUGGUUAAUGGAGACUUUGCAGUAUGCAAGCUGUGCGACUUUGGUGUCACUUUGCCUCUUGACGAGAAUGGAGUUUUUGAUAAAGAAAACUCGAGACAAGCUUUUUAUUUUGGUACUGAAGCUUGGAGUGCACCAGAAGUUAUUAAUGGGGGAACAAUAACAAACAAAACAGAUAUUUGGCCUCUAGGCCUCACAUUAUGGGAGAUGAUGGCCCUCAUGCCUCCACACUCUCGAAUUGACGACACACUAGAUGAGAGUGUUGAAGAUGACAGCAUGGGGGAAGAUUACUUCAAUGAGAAAUAUGGCACUCGGCCAGAUGUUCCUGCCAACAUAUUGGAAGACCAAUACUCCAGUGCUUUGACACUGUUCUACUGCUGUACUGAGACAAUAGCUUCUGCUCGACCUUCAGCACAACAUCUGGCUCAAGCAGCUGAGCAUUUUAUGGCAAACUUGACAUGAUCAUAUUAUCAAAUAUUUUUAUUAUAUAUUAGCGUAAG